CAUGAAUUAUUCAAGAAUCACAAUAUCAUUCUCUAUCCUCUUCUCCCUCUUUUCCCUCUCAUGGGCGAGCUCCAACUCCUCUUCCCACCAUGCAUUCAUCCAAUGCCUUGAAAACCACUCCGAUCCAUCCAUUUCUUCACUCAUUUACACUCCAAACAACUCUUCCUACUCAUCCGUUCUCCAAAACUACAUAAGAAACCUCCGCUUCAACGAAUCCUUCACACCCAAACCCCAAAUCAUCAUCACCGCAAACCAAAUCUCCCACAUUCAAUCCGCCAUUUUCUGCGGCAAAGCUCACGGAAUGCAGAUGAAGAUCCGCAGCGGCGGCCACGACUACGAGGGCGUGUCGUACUGGUCCGACGACCCCACCUUCUUCGUCUUAGACAUGUUCAAUUUCCGGUCCGUCAACGUCUCCGUCGAAGACGAGUCGGCGUGGGUCGAGGUCGGGGCGACUCUCGGCGAAGUCUUCUACGGAAUCGCCGAGAAAAGCCCGAUCCACGGCUUCCCCGCCGGGGUCUGCCCCACCGUGGGUGUCGGCGGCCACUUCAGCGGCGGGGGCUACGGCAACAUGAUGCGGAAGUACGGCCUCUCGGUCGACAACAUCGUCGACGCGACGAUGGUCGACGUCCGCGGCCGCCUCCUCGACCGGAGGGCCAUGGGGGAGGAUCUCUUCUGGGCCAUCACCGGUGGCGGGGGCUCCAGCUUCGGCGUCGUGGUGUCGUACAAAAUCAAGAUCGUGCCCGUCCCGGAAACCGUGACGGUUUUCCGGGUCGUGCGAGAUUACGACGAAAAUUUCGUCGACCUCGUCCACCGCUAUCAGGAGAUAGCGGCGGACGAGUUUCCCAAGGAAUUGUUCCUUAGAUUGACACUCAGUGUGGUCAAUGGAACCAACAGGGCUACUUUCCGCGCGAUGUACCUUGGGAACUCGCGCGAUUUAGUAGCCCUGAUCAACAACAGCUUUCCUGAAAUGGGACUGUUGUUGUCAGACUGUCUGGAAAUGAGUUGGGUCCAAUCAGUACUUUUCUGGACAGACUUCCCCUCAGGAACUCCCGUUGCAGAGCUCCUGAGUAGGGUUCCGCAGUCUCUAACGUACCUAAAGAGAAAAUCGGACUACCUGAAGAAACCCAUUCCGAAACAAGCACUUGACCUCCUAUUCAAGAAAAUGGUCGAGUUGCGGACACCACAACUGACGUUCAAUCCGUACGGCGGAAGAAUGGCCGAGAUUCCCGCGCCAGAGAAGCCGUUCCCCCACAGGGCAGGCAACAUUGCAAAGCUGCAAUACGCGACGAAUUGGAACGAGGAAGGCGCAGAGGCUGCGGACCGGUACUUGACACAGACGAGGGAGUUGUACGAGUUUAUGACUCCUUACGUCUCAAUGGCGCCUAGGGAGGCUUUCUUGAACUACAGAGACCUCGACAUCGGAAUAAAUCACAAUGGGAAGAAUAGCUAUAUGGAAGGGCUAGUGUACGGCGCGAGCUACUUCAAAGAGAAUUUCAAUAGGUUGGUGAAGGUGAAGACCAAAGUUGAUAAGCAUAAUUUCUUUAGAAACGAACAAAGUAUUCCAGUUUUCCCAUGAAAAAAGUGAUCAAAUAUAGUAUACAUGUGUGAUUCAAAUGAAAUAGUAUAGCUAGCUAGAUUUGUGACUAUGGAAUUUGUAGAAUGUGUACCAUUUUACUUUUAUUGAUUACUAGUAUAUUUUAUUUGUAA